AUGAAUUGUACAGCAGAAUUACAAACAAAAAAUUAUUCAUCAACAAUAUUAAAUCAAGCUAUGAAUGAUGAUGCAGGUUCAUGGUGGUGGUGGACUAAUGUUAUUGGUACAUUAUUAUUUGGUUCAAUUGGUAUAAUUGGUAAUAUAAUAUGUUUUAUGGUUGUAUAUCGUUUUUCAUUUCAACAACAACAUUCAUUUGUUGAAUAUCUUCGAUCAUUGGCUAUAUUUGAUUUUUUAUCUUUAUUAUUUGAAUGUAUUCAAUCAUUACAUGAUUUAUUUCUUUAUUUAUUUUCAUUUAAUUUAUUAAAUUUUCGUUCAUCAAUACUUUGUAAACUUUAUGAAUAUUCAAAUCAUGUAAUUAUUUUACUUGCUUGUUGGACAAUAGUUGGUUUAACAUUUGAUCGUUUAAUACUUGUUUGUGAUCCAUGGGCAAAAAAAUGGCCAAAUCUAUCUCGUCGUAUAUGUAAUUGUAAAUGUGCAAAAAGAAUAAUAUUAUUUUUAAUAAUAUUAUCAUUAAUAAUAAAUAUACCCGAUAUAUUAUAUCAAAAAUGGAUAUGUCGACAAUCUGGUUAUCAAUAUAGUGCUGCUUUUAUUGGAAAAUUAUAUUUAAAUGAAACUCAAAUAAAUCAAACAUCAAAUCGUCUUAUUUGUCAAUGUCGAACAUCUCCAAAUUUAAGUCGUUUUCAAAUUUUAUUUUAUAUUCAAUGGAAAACAUAUGUUUUUCAUUUAUUUUGUUAUACAUUAAUACCAGCUAUUAUAUUAUUAGCAAGUAAUACAGCCAUAUUAAAAUUAGUUCAUAGUCGUCGUCAAAUAGUUGGACAAAAAAAUGAACAUCUUCGAUCAAAAUUAACUCGUACAUUAACAUUAGCAUCAAUUAUAUUUUUAGUUCUUUAUUUUCCUCAUGCUAUUGUUGAAACAUUCUCAAUAUUAAUAUUUCCAAAAUAUCGUAUUCAUUGUCAUAUUCGUUCAUUAAUUAUAAUUCGAAUAUUAAAACGUUUAAGUGAAUUAUUAAAUAUAGCUGCAUUAGGUAUUAAUUUUUUCUUAUAUAUAUUAGGUGUUAAUCAUUAUCGUUCAGCAGCUAUACAAAUGUUAGGUUUACAUCAUUUUCAAUUUUUUGUACCAUAUUUAACUGUUGAACAUAGAAAUUCAAUUGGAUCAAAUAUAUUUAAUUCAAGUCAACAUAAUAGAAGAAAUUAUUUAAAUUAUCAAUCAAAUAUUAAAUUAUUAAAAAUUAAAAAUAAUAAUAAUAAUAAUAAUAGUUUUAAUCAAAGUCCAAAUUUAUCAUCACACAAUCAACAUUUAACAAGAUGA